AUGAUUUUCAGUGCCUUUUCGUGCCUUCCUACAUUCUACCAAAAUGUUUUGUUUUUCACCUUGGUAUAUUUGAUGAGAAUCAGCCAUGCGUGGUUGCCAAACACUAGCACCAAAUUAAUAAACCCUUCCAGUAAAAUACACACCGUAACGUUUAGGGGCAACACGUCGUUAUCGGACCAUUUUACCGUCUUGUAUCAAGACAAAAAUUCGUUGUUGUUGGGCGGAAGGAACCAAAUAUACAAUUUAUCGGUGUUCGAUUUUAGCGAACGGAACAAUCCCGCCUUGUUCUGGCCUUCGUCCGAGGCGCACAGUCAGCUAUGCAACCUCAAAGGGAAAUCCGAAGACGACUGUCAGAAUUACAUUAGGAUAUUUUACUCGACCGCGCCCGGAAAAUACCUGAUAUGCGGCACCAAUUCGUACAAACCCAUUUGUCGGAUACUGCAAGAAUUGAACGGACAGCUCAUCAUAGAAAAAGAAAUGGAAGGCAUCGGCUUGUGUCCGUACGAUCCGGACCACAACAGCACGUCGGUGUACAGCAACGGCCACCUAUUUUCAGCGACCGUCGCCGAUUUUUCAGGCACCGAUCCGCUGAUCUACAGGGAACCCUUGCGCACGGAGCUCUCCGAUCUACGGCAACUCAACGCUCCGAAUUUCGUCAGUUCGCUAACCUACGGCGAUUACAUAUACUUCUUCUUCCGCGAAACUGCCGUGGAGUACAUGAAUUGCGGCAAAGUGAUAUACUCCCGAGUUGCUAGAGUUUGUAAACGCGAUAAAGGCGGUCCGCACCAAUCGCACGAUAGUUGGACGACGUUCCUGAAGGCCCGAUUGAACUGCUCCGUGCCCGGAGAAUACCCGUUCUAUUUCGACGAAAUCCAAUCGACCAGCGCCUUGGUGGAGGGCAACUACGGCGCGAAGGACGGCACCGCCAGGAUCGUGUACGGGGCGUUCACGACGCCGGACAACGCGAUCGGCGGCUCGGCCAUAUGCCUGUUCGACAUGGACGAGGCGGAGACGGUGUUCGGCGGGCCGUUCAAGCACCAGGAGGGCAUCAAUUCGAACUGGCUGCCGGUGCCCGAGGACAAGGUGCCGAAGCCGCGGCCGGGCGAGUGCGUCCAGGACAGCCGCGUGCUGGCCGACAAGCACAUCAACUUCGUCAAGACGCACCCGAUGAUGGAGAGGGCCGUGCCGUCGCUGUUCGGCCGGCCGUUGUUGAUCCGCGUCAGUUUGCACUACAGGUUCACCGCCGUCGCCGUCGAUCCGCAGGUUCGCACCGUCACCGAUGAGACUUUCGAUGUCAUUUACGUGGGAACGGACGAAGGGAAAAUAUUGAAGGUGGUGAACGUUCCGAGCGCGAACGGGCCGCCUCAAGCCGUGGUCGUCUCCGAAAACGAGGUGUUCCCGAGGAACACGGCGGUGAAGCAGCUGCGAAUCGCUCCGGGGUACGGUAGAGUCAUCGCGGUGAGCUCCGACGAAGUGAAGCUGGUGUCUCUCAAUCAUUGCGCGAACUACAACAAAUGCAGCGAUUGCUUGGAAUUGCGGGAUCCGCAUUGCGCUUGGGACUCGAUAAAGUCGGAUUGCGUGAGCGUCGAUCGCGCCACCACCUUCAGCUAUUUGAUCCAGGACAUCAGGAACGGGAGUUCGUUGAAAUGCAGAGGUCGCUCGUUCGAUAACGCGGUUCCUGACAAGGAGAACGGCGCGUUCCCCGUCGACGGGAACGGCUUGGACGUGGAGAAGGAGCUGUCGGAUCCGCUGUUGAAUUUGGAUUCGGGUUUCGACGAGUGCAACGACGUCGAUCCGGCCAAAGGGUGCACGUCGCAAAGCAAGCUGACGUUGUACAGUUCGAAUUAUUUGGUCGUGAUCGUGGCGAGCGUCGCCGUGGGGUUCCUGUUCGUCGGGUUCACCUGCGGGUACCUCGUCGGCCGGCGAUUUCAGGCCCAUUCGCAAUUCCCUAAUCAGCCGUUUAUUGAACAGCACAACCAUUUAGAUAGAUUAACAGCGAAUCAGAAUAGUUUUUUAGCUACGAAGACGAAGACGGUUAACCUAGACGUCUUGAAUGUCUCGAGCGACUCCCUUCCGCCGAAGAAGGACAAUCUAGGUUCGUUGAAAAAUUUGAAUAUAGCUAACGAAGGAACUUUGCAGAAAAUUAAAAAGACCUACAUAUAA